GAUAUGAGUCUCCAUUGCUAAUGAUAACUUUUCAAUUUGUUCUAGCACUCCAUGACCAAUGUGACGUGGGUGCCAGUUGUUAAUCGACAUGUAGCCAUGGCAAUACGCAUAACUUUGGUUUUAUCGAGAUUUAUCUGGAGACUGAUUCUGGGUGCGUCUCGAGGCUCUCCGACAUUUCUUUAAAAAGCAUUAUAUUCUACAUUUAAUUAAUUGUAGUCCCGAGUGUUAGCUACUAGACUCUAUCUCGUCUGCAAUUAAGUUCGUCAGUUGGUUUUUGUUCGCGCCAUUGUAUUCCGAAUACGGGCAGGUGAAAGGUCACUCCCUUGGGGUCAUAAACAUACGAUCAAUAAUCAUCAUGGCUCCGGUGUCUCCUCUUUAUGACGGCUCUCGCCUUUUGUACAUAGUUACAGAUAAAACUGGAGUUCCUUUGGAUCAAGUAAACUUUGUCACUGCACAGUUUUCAGCCAUUUUGUUAGGUUUCAUAUUGCGUGCUUUCCUACCUCACAGUGCUGGCAAGCCUGUAUGGCGCUUAUUGUUUUGUUUGAUAGCAGGCAUUGGCCUCCUCUAUUUCAUGAUUGGAUGGUCCAUGUGGAUAGUUCUACUGCAAGUUGCUGUUUGCUAUUUGCUGCUGCGCUACUUAACUACUGGAUAUAUGCAAUUAGUUGUGUUUUUCUUUGCUAUGGGUUUUAUGUUGGUAAUGUAUGUUCUGAGAAAUAUGAAAUAUUAUGAUGAUCUUUGUUAUGAUGCUACAUAUCCACUCAUGAUUACUACUCAGAAAAUCACCACACUUGCCUUCAGUAUAAGUGAUUGGAAGCUGCAUCAGAAAGGUGUAAAAAUGCAGGAGGAAAGACUGAAGUGGUCUGUCAGAGAGAUACCAGGCUUUCUUGAGUAUUUUGCUUUUACUCUGAGCUUCCAGGGCAUUCUGGCAGGUCCAUUUUGUCAUUACAAUACAUUCAGAGCUUUUAUUGAGGGCAACAAUAAGGAGAGACUACAGGAAAGCAAACUGGCUGUAGAAUACAUGGAUGACCCCUCCACUGUAAUGAGGGCUGUUGCCAGCAAGAUAGCAGCAGUAUUUAUGUGGAUAUUUAUAACGGCUGUGGUGCAACCUAAAUUCCCAGACAGUAAAAAUGUUGAUCCAGAGUUUAUAGCCAGUCAUAAUAUGCUUACAAGAUUAGGGUACCUGUAUAUAUCCCUGUUCUUUCAAAGAGCCAAAUACUAUGUCUCAUGGAUACUAGCUGAUGCAGUGUAUAAUGCUUCGGGUCUUGGCUACAUUGGUAAAGAUAAUGAUGGCAAGCCACUGUGGACUGGCAUGUCAAAUGUAUUUGUGUGGAAAAUUGAGACGGCCACCAGUUUGAAAGUCUACCUGGACAAUUGGAAUAUAAUGACCAGCCAUUGGCUCCGACAUGUAUGUUACAUGCGUGCUCCUUUCCUGAACACAUUGCUCACAUUUGUUCUGAGUGCCUUGUGGCACGGACUCUUCAUUGGUUACUAUGUGACAUUUGUCUCAGCUGCUUUCUUUGUACAGGCUGGAAGAAAGAUACGUCAAAACAUUAGGCCAUUGUUUCAGUCCAGUAGUGCAGCUAAGUUUGUGUAUGAAGUGAUAACAUUCCUAGGCACUCAGCUGAGUCUUUGUUUUCUAGUCUUGUCUUUUGUUAUACUACACUGGGAGCCAACCAUACGAUUCCACAGUUCAUUCUAUUGGUGCUGUCACAUAAUUGUUGGAAUUCUGGUGAUUGUGCUGCCUUCUAAAAGACCUGAGAGGGAUGAGACAAAAUCCCAGCAACCAGCCAAACAAGAGAAACAGUCCCAGGAUUCUGUCAAAGAUCAAGAAGAGUUCCCUGCUGACGGUGAUUUUAAACUGAGAAAGAGAGAGGUGAUGUCAGUGCAAAAGUCCUAAAAGUAGUCUGCGGCAUUAGUUGUUGUUUUUAAAUCUGCAUAAAUAGUGAAAUACAAUUUCAUCUUAUAUAAAUAUCUUUAAAAGUUAUAGUGUUACUAGAUUAGACUACUUUAGUUGUAUGUUGAUGUAGCCAACAUGUUUGAACAUAGAGAUAUUUCAGAUUGUUUGACAAACAUUAAGUUAAAAUUUUAUAAUUGAUAUUAAUGAAUUCUAGGGUAAUAUUUAUUUAAACAAAUCAAACCAUAAAAAAUGAAUACUUUUUAUUUAAGUCUGUAAAAUUUGAAAGCUAAGAUUGACUUAUGAUCCAAUGACAUUGUAAAAUUAUGACGUUCCACCACCUUAAAUAAACAUUCUGUUUUGUUCCAACUCAAAUACUGAUUGGGAAAAGCUUAUGAGGGUGGUUUCUUUAGUGAAUGUCUGCUUGCUGUUGUAGCUUUCUCAGCUAGAGCAUUUUGGUCCUGGCAGGGAGGUAAGGGGAUAUUUUGCUAUAGAACCAGCUUUGCAAAACAAAGCAUUGAUUUCUUGUGGAAUAUUUAAGCAGCAAGUGUGUUUGUGGCUCUUGCUGGCUUAGCUGAAACAUUUUCAACAAAACUUUCAAGUAUCAAGGAAAAUAAAAUGUAAGAAAGUUUUCAAUAUUUAAUCAAAACUUUUCUUCAUAGAAAUGUGUGGCAAUAGAGAUGUUUGACAAUACAUGGUAGGAUGUUGUGAACUGGAUCUUAUUUUAAUUUUGAGUGAAAUUUGGUAUUUAUUUUUACUGUGUUUAAGAUCUACAAUCACUUUAUUGUGGCAGGGAGAAUUGUCUGUAUUUAUUAUGGUUUGUUAUUUAUUUUGUUAGGUCAGUAUUGUUACAAAUAAUUCUGUUUAUUGUAUUCAUACAACCAUUCCUAAUAAAAUAUUGUGAGUUCAUUUAAUCUAGGGUCUGAUGAGUAGUUGAAUAUCAAUAUUCUCUUUUUUUUAUUUAAUUAUUUUGUUCCAUGAUUUCAUCCUAGUUUGAUUUUUAAUUACCAUGUGUCCAAGGUAACAAAAUGAUAAAAUGAUCAUGGUUAGUUUUGCACAGUACUUUUGUAACAAUGAAAUGAUGACUAUUAAAAAAAAUAAUGCAAUGGUUGAAUAGCACCACAAUGAGACAUUUUAUUAGUUUUGAAAGAGAUCCAUUUAAGGACAGAAAUCUGUGGUGGAUCAUUUGUUUGGGAAUAUAAAUAUUUGUGAACAAAAAAAAAAAAAAACUUACAGAAUUUUAGCAAAUUAUUUUUAUGACUUAUUGAAUAUCAACUAACAAUUUUUUUGUUGGAAAAUAAUCAUAACUUACAUUUCAAAGAAUUCUGCUUGACUAUUGUGAGGAAAAUAAGCACACCUAACACCAUUUGAAAUGUUAUAUUACCAUGAAAACUUACUUGGUAAAUGUCAUAAUAUAUUAUUUAUUUAGAAGAAACAGCUGAUAAUCUAUAGUGGAAUGUAUAUCUGUUACUCUUUUUGGAGCAUUUAACUUGUUGCUAAUGAUUUUUAUAAAAUAAUUUUAAAGAGUUAAACUGGAAGUCUAAACACAUCAUUGUUUAGAACCAAACUACAGGGUGUGAACAACAUAGAGUUGUAUCAUUAUGAUUAUUUAAUCUAUUGAUUAUGUCUUUAGUUACUUUUUGUUUUUCAAGAAAGAAUUUCGCCCUUACAAAUGUAUGUCAAGUCUAGUUACCCUUUUUAAAUUUAUUUUCGUACACUUAAAUUAUGAUUAGCAAUAUUCUCAGGCAAGACAAAUGCAAAAUUGGAUAUUUAGAAAAUAAGCUUACCAUUCUUUUCUGGACUAUGCGAAUGACUAAAUUUAUUUAUUUACCUAUGAUGUACUAUCAUUCUGUGUGCUUUGUUUACUUUUUAUCAUCUCAAUUUAUUUGUAACAAGUUGCUACUCUGUUGGAAUUGUGACAUCUAUUUCCCAGAAUUCCAUUGUGGCACUUGAUAACAUGAAUCUCCUGUUAGUGUAAUUUUAUGUUAAAUUUUUAUACUAUGAUGUAAAAAAAUAAAAAGGUUAAUACAAAGAAGAGAAUACCAUUGUGAAAAAAUACAGAGGAAACUAUAUCUACUUCACAUGUCCAAGAUUGUCACUAGCCUAGAUUUGUUCAUUAAUUUUCUUCUUAAUUUUCUAAAUAUUUGUUUCUAUAAAUUUCAAAGAAAAAAAGAAUAAGCUGCAGGACUGUAAUAUCUUUUUAUUGCAACUUUAUUUUCACACAGGUUUUUAACUUAAUAUAAAAUGAUGCCGACUAUCUGAUGAUGUAAUGGGUUUUUUAUUAAUAAUAAUUAACUACUUUGUUUUUGCCCUCUAAGUAUUAUUAAAUUAUAAGGUAUUAUCUUGCAGUGGAAACACUUUUUUUUUUGGACAGUACGGUGGUCCCUUGACUUUUUUGGAAGGGCUAUAUUGCAGGUUUAAAAAAAACAUUAAUGGAAAAAUACUCCACUGAUUUUUUGAACACCACAGAUUUUCCCAUGGCCGCCCAGUAUAUAUAUUUCAUGAAUAUUGCAUAAAAAAUCUCAUAAAUGACAUUAAAAAUUUUAAAAAUUACUUUAAAAAUACUACAUAUAUUAAUUCGAACAUUAAAAUGUUCUUUUUAGUAACAGUUCACUUACUGUAUGUACCAUUCCUUUUAUACUGUAAUGCGACAUACAGUACAGUAUUACAUGUUACUUUAAAAAAUUACUAAAUAUCUAAGGAGUGUUUAAAAAAAAACAGUUACCUUGUAAAAGUUAUUAAGGGAAAAGGAAAUAGUUAUCUAAGGGUUUAAAGUGUUAGGGGAUGUCCUGCAAUAUUGUUCACUUCCAAAUGCUUGUUGCAGGUAGGCUUCAAACGUACCUCGCAAAUGUCAGGGAAACACUGUAUACUGUAUACUAGGAGACCAGUGAUUCCCAAACCAUGUAGCUCAUGUCCAAGCUUCCUCAUGGUGGUGGUGUUAUUUUGCUUAGUUUUACAUUCUUUACUUAUUUUAAAAAGUGAAGCCAAAGUUACUAUAAAUGUAUUUAGAAAAAUGAAAAUGUUGAAAACACUGUCUUGUCACCAUAUGGAGAAACUGACAGAUGCACUCUGUCUAUAUAGCUUUUUAAAAAAAUAUUAUUAUUUUAAUUAUUUGAUCCUUAACUUUUCUUUUUUCUCUUUUUUAAAUUGUUCAUAUUGUUUUAGUGCAAGGUUUGAUUUGGUAUUGAUAUAAAACCUGCUGCUCAUUGUAGAAGUUGUGAUAUCAAGAUGUCGAUGGUUGUGUUACACUGUGCUAGUAUACUGUAGCAUUCCUUGUCAUGAUCAUAUCUCUACUGAACACGUCUUUUUCUGAACAUUGUAACUAAUUAUGUUGUGACAAGUGAAUAUAAAAAAACAACUAGUUUAGGGUCAGUCUGUUGUUUUAUGCUUUUAUAUCACUUGUAAAUGUGUUGAAAUCAUAUUUUAGGCCCUUAUCAACACACACACUAAAGUUUCCAAAAUGUCCUGUUUGCUAUCGUCUGGUCAAUGGACAAAUAAGUUUUGUUACAGAUAGUAAAAGGCACACAAAUUGCAUAUCUCAAACAAGUACAAUCAGAACUGAUGUCUACAGAUAAAUACAUGGGUUAGUCCACCAUUUGAGUUUGGUUUGAGUGGGUUAAUGAAUAUUGAGAUCUUUUUUUUUUUUUUAAUUCUCUUGGUGUUAAGAAUUUUUAAAAUAUUUCCCUUAAUUUUUUUUUUUUCAACUUUUUUUUUGUUUUAUUUCUACAAAGAAUUUUUUUCAUUAUAUUCACUGGAAAGAAAAAGAAAUAUGUAAUUAAUGCUUUACUAUGAUGCUGUCUCGUUGUUCCCUGUUGACAUGAUGAACCUGGUAUGUAACUAGUACUGCUUUUAUACACAAGUAUUUAUUUGUUGUGCAUUGCUUUUGUGGAGGUCAAUCAUUAUUGUUUUAAGCCUGUCUGAGUUUGAACAUAACUGUCUGUACUAGCUAGAACAGAAAACUACAUUUUAUGUCCUCUCUCUUCAAUUAAACAGAACUGUAAGAACUGUUGACCAAGGGAUAUUUGAUGGACAUAAAGGUGAUUUAAGAAAAGAUGUUUAAAUGUGAACAUUCUAUGGAAAUUAAUUAACAAAAAAAAGCUGCAGUUCUUGUACAACAAUAUAUUGAUAAUUAGUAAUAGAUAAUAUAAUUUGUUUAGAAAGUAAAUGGGUGAAAUUAAAAAGACUCCCCAGAAACUUACCAAAUGUUUCUUAUCCAAUUCAGUUUUUGUAGUUGUUGAAUUAAUCCUAUAGUAUUUUACUAAAUAGUUUUGCUAUACUGUCAUAAAAUACAAAUUUAAAAAAAAAUAAAUCCAAACAUUUUUUAUGUACCGGUACACUAAUAUUGUGCUUUUGGAAUUUUAUUUAUCGCACUUUUAUCGUGUGUAUUAAAUUAUUUUAGUUAUCUUUGGUUUGAUUGUUUUUUAUGUUCAUUGUAAAAUAUUUUUAAGUCAAAUCUCACAUGAUCAGUAAGGUGUUCCCAAGCAAGUUGUAUUUAAUUUUCCAGAAAGAUUGGUAAAGUUGAACAUUUCCUAACACAUGCACUCAGCCAGUUUUUGUGGAAUGUACUUUGAGAAGGAAAUAGUCUGGUAUUAGAACAAGAUUUGACUUAUUAUGCUUGAUUUAUUUUUCAAGAGUUGUUUGACGAUUUGAAGAGGGAGAUUUGAAGUGUUAUUGUUAACUUUUUUUUUUAUUUUGGUCAUGAUAUUAGUUUUUGAUGCUGUCAAAGACCUAAGUAUUACAUUGUCAUUUUUAUUGAA